AUGGCGUCUGAGCUUGUAUCAGUUAAUGCAACAAGGACAGCAGCAUCUGUACCUGUCAAGCUUGUAGAGUCUUCAGCCACACAAUUACCAGCUUCUGCCACCAGCGUGCGUCUAUGUAAUAGCAGCUUCACCUCCCGACACUUUGCAGGUGGCGCUAUCGGUGGUAUGACUGCUGCACUUAUUACGUCGCCAUUGGAAGUCGUCAAGACACGACUGCAGAUACGAGGUGGCACCGGAUCCUUUGGGACCCAGACGACGUUUGGUGUCAUGCGUUCGAUUGGGCAAUCCGAGUCGAUUUUGGGACUGUGGAGAGGUAUCACGCCCACACUGAUUGGUGUCAUCCCGGCACGCGCGAUCUACUUUGGCUCGUACUCGACUUUUAAGGACAAGUUCAAGGCAUAUGGCCUGAAUGGUCGUGUCUUUAACUUUCUGUCGGCUGCGGGGGCUGGAUCUAUCGCGGCGACGUUGUGUUGUCCGAUUUGGGUCGUCAAGACACGUCAGCAGCUCUUACCAGCGCAUGCAAUGACAACGUCUGUUGCGAGCUCGCGUCGGAACGUCGUGUUGGUAGGCUUUGCAGAAUUUGAAACGGCUGUUGCGACGAAAGCCAGACCGCAUUUCUCGAGUGUCCGUCAAGUGGCAGUUGAUAUGUACCGUAAAGAAGGUCCGCGGGCAUUUUUCCGGGGACUAUCAGCUUCGUACUGGGGAAUCUCAGAAAGCGCCAUCCAGUUUGCGUUGUACGAGGAAUGCAAGGAUCGUAUUGAAAAGCCGACGAACCUCAAGUAUUUCUUAACGGCUGGUGCCUGCAAGCUGCUUGCGUCAAUGUGCACUUAUCCACACGAGGUUGUCCGAACUCGUAUGCGAGAUCAACGCGCUCCAAUGGAUUCAAAGGAGCUGAAAUAUCGAUCAAUGAUUCAGUCAAUCGUUACAAUAUAUAAGGAAGAAGGAAGACGUGGAUUAUAUUCAGGAAUGCCAGCGCAUCUAAUGCGUGUCGUACCAAAUGCCGCAAUUUUGUUCCUGGUGGUAGAGAUUAUUGCAAAGAAGAAGGAGUAA